GUCAUUCUGACAGCUGUCGAUAGCACCGUUCAGCCAUCGCUAUUUCUAUCGCCAGGCGCUCGUGAGAUUCUCGGCAGUUGAAAAUUUUUCGUCGUACUCUCGGAACAACAAAGCAGCGACAAAUCGUCAGACAGCAGCAACAUGUCCGCCUAUAAGCUGGAGACUGCACCCUUCGAUCCACGGUUCCCUAACCAGAACGUGACCCGCUACUGCUACCAGUCGUACAUCGACUUCCACCGCUGCCAGAAGAAGCGCGGCGAGGACUUUGCGCCCUGCAACUAUUUCCAGAAGGUGUACAAGUCGAUGUGCCCUAACGCCUGGGUGGAGAAAUGGGAUGACCAGCGCGAGAGCGGUACAUUCCCUGGCCGUAUCUAAAUAUUGGCCAUCGCAUCGCAUCCCAACUCCCAAAAAACCAAAACACACAGGACACGAUCGAUGGGCGGACGGACAUAGAGGAGCGUGGCAACCAGAAUCCGGCAAUUGCAACAGAGACUAGUUCAUGUUUGUGCUUUCCCCAGCGAUGAAUACAGAUCAUCGUAGAUACAAAUACAAAUACACAAAUGUUCAAUUAUCUGAAUUCUGAA